UCGCAACACCUAUUAACUUCAAAUAAAUAUGUUUUUAUUCAACAGCUGUCGUACUGUGAAUAAGGUCGUAAAGAGAAUUGCUCAAGCAGGCACAAAAAUGGGAAGUUCAUACUCCAGGUCCUAUUCACCUAACAGUGGGCAGCCAAAAAAUAAUACGGAAAGCCGUGGCACAAUCUCCUCCACCGAGUCAAGUAGUCAGUAUGUAGAAUCAGUUGUGUGCAAGGUUAAUGAUCUUAAUGAAAAUGAGAUGAAAGUGUUUGACAUAGGAGAGGAAGGAAAAGUAUUGCUUGUGAAACAAAAAGGGGAGUUUAGUGCUGUGGGCACAAAGUGCACCCAUUAUGGGGCACCUUUAGUUUCUGGAGCUCUUGGGGAUGGCAGAGUGAGAUGUCCCUGGCAUGGAGCAUGUUUUAACUUAAAAACAGGGGAUAUUGAAGAUUUUCCUGGUUUUGAUUCCCUACCAUGCUACCAAGUUACAGUAUCUCAAAAGGGAGAGGUCAAGGUAAGAGCAAAAAUCAGUGAUUUGAAGUCAAACAAGCGUAUUAAAGAUAUGGGAAUGGUAUCACCGUGUAAUGAAUCGUCUGUAGUAAUCGUGGGCGGUGGGCCGUCUGGAGCGACUUGUGCUGAGACCCUGCGGAGUGAGGGAUUCAAGGGUCGUAUUACUCUCGUCGCUAAAGAAAACUACCUCCCAUAUGAUAGAAUUAAAGUGUCAAAGAUCGGUACGGCAACGGAUAUAGAAAAACUUCAAGCUAGGUCACAAGAGUAUUACCAAAAUGCUAACAUCGAAAUUCUUAAAGGUGUAGAAGCAACGAAGGUUAACACAGAAAGUAAGACCGUUGAAUUAAGCAAUGGCUCGAAACUUUCCUUUAAUUCUUUGUAUCUCGCUACCGGUUGUAAACCGCGUGUUCCUGAUAUCCCUGGUAUAAAUCUAAAAAAUAUCUACACUGUGAGAAACUUCGAAGAUUCUGUUAAUAUACUAAAAACAUUGGGUACGGAGAAAGACAAAGAAGUUGUUAUUUUAGGUUUAAGCUUUAUUGGAUUGGAGUCGGCUUCUUCGUGCGUCUCAAAAGCUAAAUCUAUGACAGUAGUCGGAAAGGAUACUUUCCCACUUGGCCAAAUAUUUGGAAAAGAGAUAGGCCAAAGUCUUCUCAAGCUAUUUGAAGAUAACGGUGUGAAAUUUUAUUUUGAAACCACAAUCACAAAAUGCAACGGCGAUAACGGUAUCAUAAAAUCAGUCGAACUGGCUAAUGGUACAACACUUCCCGCUGAUAUGCUAAUUUUGGGCGUGGGAAGUACUUUUUAUACGGACUUCCUUAAAGAUAGCAAUAUCGCACUAGAAUCAAAUGGUUCCGUCAAUGUAAAUGAUAAAUUAGAAACAAACAUUAAAAAUAUAUAUGCAGGAGGUGAUAUAGCCUUUGCACCAGUAUUCGCCCUCGAAAAUAAACAAAUGGCUAUUGGACACGUUGGCCUGGCACAAUACCACGGACUGAUUGCUGCUAAAAAUAUUUUGAAAAAGGAGACACCUUUGAGAACCGUUCCUUAUUUCUGGACUAUGCUGUUCGGAAAGUCAAUUCGUUACGCGGGCUGUGGAAAAUCGUCUGACUUCCAAAUAGAGGGUGAUGUUGCGGCGCUAAAAUUUGUAAUAUUCUUCUUUAAUGAAUCGGAUAAAGUUAUAUCGGUGGCAUCGUGCAUGAGGGAUCCAGUCGUUUCCCAAUUUGCAGAACUACUGUAUCAGGGUAAGUCGCUAUACAAGAACGAUUUAAAGGGAGAUCCAUUUGCAUGGACGACAAGUAUUAAUUAAAAACAAAUAAUACAUUGAUGUACAAAAAUCAGUAUUAUUUUAUUCUUUAUUAUAGUAUUUAUUUUUAAAAACAUAUAUGAUUCUUUCUAUAUAAUAUGUAAGCCAAUAGUUAUAAUUGCAUAUAUUCUAUGCUUUAAAAUAAUAAUGUUUAUAAUUGCAGAUUUAUCUAUAUAUCUUGGGUAAAUAAAAUAGCCAACUAAACUUAAUAUUUUAUUAUAAUAAUAUAUGGUGAUAAAUAUAAUAUUAUAUGUAUGUGAUAGCGUUUUGUAAUAGUCUAUUUAGAUUAUACCAAUGUAAAAUGCCUGAUAAUAUAUGCGGCUGUGGCCAAUAUAAUUUGAUAAUGAACUAGUUUUCAUAGACUUUUUGUGAUCCAUAUAUCAUGGACAUUACGAAAUAACUUACGUAACGUUAGGUCCACUAUACAACAUCCGUGACCGAUUUCUUACUUGAACCAUAAAGUAAUAACUCAUAAAUGUUGAAAAUAUGUAACAAUUUAUGAAAAAUAUUACUCGUAACUAUUCUUUUCAAGUUAGAAACUUUAUGAAAGAGGUAAUAAAUAAAUAGAUCUUACAAAAGUCGAUGGCUUUAAUUGAAUCAAGGUCAUAAAAAAUAAGUUUCAUUGACAAGAACCUUUGCAAAGGUCUUUUUCAAUGUAACUUUGGUCGGUAUUUUACGGGCAAAGACUAUACAAUGAAAACGUUUUAAGAUAAGACACUGAUAAUAUUUAUAUAUCGCGCAUAAAUUAUAAUAUUUUGAACGAAAACCGAUUUGCGAUUUACCUUCACGCUUUAAUCGAGACUUAGGACAAGCAGCUUUUUAUAAACUAAACUACUUCACUCUAAGCAAUCACGUUAUGAAGUGAAAUAAUUUUAUUUUAUGAGAAUGAAAAAGCGAAUUUUCGGUACCAGAUUUUUCAUUCGAUUCAGGAACGCUUUAGGUAUAUAGAUCGUUACCGUUAAGUUCGGCUAAGUGGGUUUUCCAGUUUGAGAAAUUGGUACGAAACGAUUUGUGUGAGUUGUUUGAAAUCGGAUUUUAAGUUCAUUUUUAUAGAUCGGGUUCAUGUCUAGAGUUAAUUGCCAUAGCAGAAGUCGAUGACGAAGCACUAUUUCAAAAUACGUAAGAUUUUCACACCUUAUCCGCCCAUUGUACACACCUGUGUCGAUGUUAUAUUUAUAAAUAUUAGAUACGAAAGUCAUUAAUUAAAUAGAAGUUUCAUAAUCAGUCAAACAGCUUAUUACGGAAAUUUUGUACUUUUUACGGAAUUAAAUAUUGUUUUAGAAAUGUGUGAUCAGAUUAUAAACAAAUCUACUCCAGGCUUAUCUCUCCUGAUCUUUGAUACUAAGUGUCAAACAGUUAAAUGCAUCAUACUUGAUGACAUUUUAAUAAUAAUUUGCAUUGUUUGUUGUUUGUAUUUAUAUUAUAUCAGUAAGGUAAAUUUAUAAACAUAAAAAAUAUUGGUAUAAAAAGGUCUGUAAAACAUGAUUAAUUAAAUAUUCUGCAUUGAAGCAACAGGGCUGUUAAUGCCUUAUUAAUAAAAAAGAAUUGUAAACAUAUAUAUAAGAAUAUUUGGUUAGAAUAUUUGUCUAGAUAAAACGUUGACUCGCUCCAAAAUAAACAAUGCAAAUUUAAAAUGUUCUAUACUUUAUUCUGUUUUAAAUUCGUCAUGUAUUACGUAAUGACCGAUGAGUCUGCUGAGUGAUGAAAGGAACUAGUAAUUUUUUCCUAAGUCGUAAAUUGUAUGUAAAUUUUAGUUUUUAAUAAAUUUAAUUAGAUUUUUAAACGUUGCAUCUUUUGUCACCACAUUUAAUGUGUUUAUAUUUCUGCACUAACCGUAACGAGCUUAUGAGCUUACGUUUGUUUUUUUUUUUUUUUGUAUACCUACGCAAUUAUAAGCUCUAUCUAGACAAAUAAAUAAUGGAAAUAAAACACAUAAUUUUAUUUUUUGUUUGAAAUCCAUCAAUGGUUUUAUAAAUUAAUACUAAUAUUAUUUAUCUUUUGUAAGGUCUAACGAUUUUAUAGCGCACCUUAUUGUGAUAUGUUAUUAAGGUGUGUUUAUGUUUAAUAAAGUUACGUAAGAUAUAUUUAUUUCAUAAGAAUUAAUUGUGAUGUUCUUGUAUUGUAAUUGAAAUAUAUGUAUAAUAUUAUAAAUUUAUUUCUAUCAACAACCAUCAAACCCAACCUGCACAGUAUUUAUGUUAUUUUAUUCAAGAUAAUCUAUGGAAUUACAAAUGUUCAUAAUUAAUUUAAUUACCCUCCAAAUUUGGUGUAAUCAUUGAAAUAUGAAAAAAAAGGAACGUACAUAUUUUCUCACAAAGAAUGCUCAUAGAUAAUACAUAUAGACUGCUUGCCGCAUUAUACUAAAAAAUGCAAAAUAAUAUUGUAUUUUCUAUUUGUAAUUAGCGAGGCACCGACCAUUGCGGUUGCCAUGAUGAUAUUACGAACACUUAUGACAACCAAUAAUAAAGUGCAAGUGUACUUCCCGAGGGAUUGACGUCCCUUUACAACUGGAAUACAGAGAAUUCGGAUACUAGAACCCCUUUGGUUAUAUUGCCUAAAUCAUUCAGACAGUCAACCUAUUUUCACCUGAGUUUGUGCAUACAAAAAUGUCGUGCAUAGUUGGCUGGUCUACCAUUCUAUUGGGUGCCGUGGCCAAAAUCAGCAAUUACAUUAAUGCAUCAAAAAUCCAAAAUUGUGUUAUUGUCUUUACUCUUCUUGUGCUACUAAUACCUUUGUUUCAAAAAUAAAAUAAUAUGGCACAGUAAGGCAUUUUUUGUCGAAAGCCUGGAUAUGAAUUUGAGAAUUUCAACAGUUGAAGAAAUUCAAAGUACAAAAACCUUUUUUAUCUAGGUCUAGAUUUAAGUAUAAAUUUCUCAUUCUAAUAAUUAAAUUUAUCUAAAAUGUGAAGUUUGCUAUAAUAUAAAGUGUUUUAACGAUAUGGUGCUGCUUAGCCCAACGGUCUGAGCGCUUAGAGAGCUACUGACCUUGUGUGAGAGUUAUGCUCGAAAACAUGUUCUCAUUUAUAAUGUUAGAAAGAGUGAGUUCAUUGUAUUCAAGGCCCAAGGUUGUAAAUGCCCAGAAUAUGUGCCCGUAAUAAAUCUGAAUGGAAGUGAAUUAAAACGAGUUCAUUAAUUUAAAUAUCUUGGGCAUUAUGUAACCGAUAAGGGAACGUAGGGUGCUGGCAGUUCGUUAUAA